AUGAGCCGGCGCGCCUGCAGCUGCUCCCCCUCCGGCUCCUGCUCCAGCUCCUGCAGCUGCAGCGCGGUGACAGCUCCCAGGCGCCCCGCUUCCUUGAAUAGUUGCAGAGAAACUUCUCUUUCUAUCAAAAUGAAGUGUGAUUUUAACCAUAACCACGUUCAUUCUGGAGUUAAGCUGGUAAAACCUGAUGACAAUGGAAGGCUAGGUUCCUACACUUCUCCAUGUCUGAAAAGUUCUAAUAAAGACUGCAUUAAAGACUAUGAAAAGCUAUCAGAUAUCGGGUCACCGAUUGUGAGCCCCAGGAUUGUAGAACUUGAAACUGAGAACAAGCCCUUGCAUAACAAGGAAAAUCAACAUGUGCAACAAACACUUACUAGUUCAAAUGAAAUAGAAGAACUAGAAACCAAUGGACCUUUUGAAGACAGUGGCUAUUUUUCAUUUUCCCAAAAGAGUGUCCUAGGUGAACAGGAAGAAGCUAGCCUUUCCCUGGAAGAAAAUUGCAAUGACAGUCCACAGUUUUGCCUACCUCAGACUGAAAGCCCAGGCCAAUAUCCCAACAAAAACUUGAUGCCAGCUCUUCAUUUCGCAAAAGUGGUUUGUUCAACGUUAAAAAAGAGUGCCAGACGAAAUCAUAAAGUAGAUUUGGAGAAGCUAAAGGAGUAUUAUGUAGAUUUUAGGCUACAGACUAUAAUUGGCAGAAAAAUGGGCCUAGAAUAUGUAGAUAUUCUUAGUGAACUCUUUCGAAGGGGACUCAGACAUCUCUUAGCAAAUAUUUUAACACAGCUCAGCGAUAUGGACUUAAUCAAUGUGUCUAAAGUGAGCAUAACUUGGAAGAAGAUUCUAGAAGAUGAUAAGUGGGCAUUGCAGCUGUACAAUAAAGCAAUACAAAGAAUUACUGAAAAGAACAUUAAGUUUUCAUCACAUGCUUCAACCAGAGAACAUGUUAUGUGUAGAACUGCAUUGGCCUCUGUUCAGAAAUCAGCAACCCAAACUCCUCUCCAAAAUGAUCCUCGAGACAAGUUAUCUGAUCCAGUUGAUCAGAAAGGUUCUACUUAUAGUCGGCACAAAGAAUUCUCUGAGGUUGCCAAGACUUUGAAAAAGAAUGAAAGCCUCAAAGCCUGUAUUCGCUGUAACUCACCUGCAAAAUAUGAUUGCUAUUUGCAAAGGGCAGUCUGCAAACGAGAAGGCUGUGGGUUUGAUUACUGUACAAGAUGUCUGUGUAAUUAUCAUACCACCGAAGACUGUUUGAAUGGCAAGCCUCUAAAAGCCAAUUAUAAAAUGUGUCCUCUGCCUGGUACUGUGAAAAGCAAGAAGAACUUACGGCGAUUGUGA